AUGGAAACUCAAGGAUUGGUCAAGCUGUGCUUACGAGUCCUGUCAGUUUCCUCUCUCCAUUCAACUCCCCACCCACUCGUACUAAGCGUUUUCCUAAUCUGCAGAAUUUGGAUAGCUUUCCGAAGCAAUUUGGGCGAAAAUCUGGUCAAUUCGAAGUCGCAUUUACCUCUCGAAACGCGUCCCGUGCUGACAUCAGCAUUCCUAGACAUCGUGUCAGAUGUCGCGACGUUCGCGCUCUUCCGGAUCGCCCUCGUUAUAAGCACGCUUCUCCACGAGUGGAGUCACCUCGUCGUUGCCUCCAUCGUCACCUCGCGGCGCCAGACCGAAGGCCCGAGUCGCGAACCCUCGCGAAAACCACCAUUAUCCCGUUCAAUUGACGCGGCGCCGGCCAACAGCAGGCGUCAUGACGGGAAGCCGCUCGCGCGGCGCGGCAGCUGGCAGCGAUCGCAGGAUGGCGUCGCCAUGGGGAGAUCUCCCGCCAGCGACGUGGAUCAUGCGACGGAAGGGCCGGCGGCGCAGUCGCCGGCGAUUUGGAGCGGCGAGAACAUGCGAGGGAACGUGAGCAGGAGCGACUGGCUCGUAUCGCUGUGCCCAAUCGUGCCGCUUCCUCGAACCUUCGCACCGCACGUUGUCAUUCCGGAGCUCCGUACACCGUCCUCCACGUCAGUUCACGGGGCGGCGACGGUCCCCGUGAAUUACGGAGACACGGCCAGCGAGCAAUUUGCCGCGCGACGUGACAUUUCGAGCGAGCAAGCGACGCCGGCCUGUCGCACACUCGCAAGAGCGUCAUUGACGUGCGCAUCGUCAUCGCCGCUGUGUCGCUCGUCGUCCGGUGAGGCGGCGAUCAUUCGCCACGCGGGAUGGGUCUUCAGCGUCUUUCUAAGCGCGCUCGCGUGGAUCGCGCUGUUUCUCCGAUCCCGCUCCGCGCAUUCUUCCGCGGCGCCAGAUGCGCCUGCAGCAGCCGCGAGCAGCAGCGGCGCCGCGUGGCUGGUGGACGUGGCGCUGGGGGUGUCGGUGUGCGCCGUCUCGUCUCUCGCCACCGACGCGCUCCGUCUCCGCCCAUUUUCCUACCCCGCGGAUGAUCGCGCGGACUGCGGUCUGAAUGCGGCAACCGGCGGCGCCGGCGGUCCGCAGGUGGUCUGGCGGUUUUUUCUGCGGCAAUUUCGGCAUGAUCAUGGCGCAAUCAGGCUCCGCGCUGCAGUGAGUGCUGUUCCGCGCGCCUUGCUGCGCGCUGCCGCCAUCGCGUGGGGGCGCGGGCGCGCGGUGGACGCGCUGGGCGUGCUGGAGCGCAUGGCGGGCAUCUCGUCGGAGCGCGGGGGGCAGUCGGGCGGGGUGGUGACGUUCGUGCGCACGUGGCGCGGCGACAUGGCGGGCGUGCGCGUGCGCGCCAAGCCCGCCAAGCGCCAGUCGCUCUCGCACCAGCUCAUCUCCAAGUUCCGUGCUGCACUCUUCCUCAACCGCCUCUCCAACUCCCUCUCCUUCCUCCUCGCCCUCCUCCUCCGCCCCUUCACCUACCUCCUGCAAGCCCUGCGCCUCUCUGCACCGCCUCACCCCACCACAGCCCUAGUUCCUUCCCCCACAGCUGCAGCAGCAGCUGCAGCAGCAGCACAAGAGGGCAGCAGCACCGGGAAAGCAGGUGUGCGCGGCGGCGCUAACAGUGACGGCAGUGACGGCAGUGCGUCCUCUGUGCACGUGUUUCUGGGGCACACGCGGUUUGCAACGUCCAGUGUGCCAUCAGUGGGGGAGACCCACCCGCACCAGUGGGUGCCGGAGAGGCGCCUGCCUAUGUGGCGCGUGCACCCUGCCACGGGCGCUCUCACCUGUGCGCUUACCAACGUGGGCGUGUAUGUCACUCACAACGGCGACUUUGAGUUCUGGAACCUCUUUGGCAGGGACCGUACGCACUCGGAGAUGGGGCCAUGGCUGGAGGUGGUGUUGGAGUGGGACCAGCCAGCGCAGUGCGACAGUGUCAUGAUCGCAGGCCUCAUGGACCUCCUCCGCACGCACGCCCUCUGGCUGCCCUCCAUCCGCCUCGCCUUCCACCAGGGAGAGGGCGAGGGAGAGGAGUCUUCAGACGAGCCAGCACUGCUGGGGAACAGCGGGGAUGCGCAGGGGAGAGGGCACCAGGAGCAGCAGCAGGGGGAGGCGCAGCAGCAGGGGGAAGGGGGGGAGCUGCCGGAGUGCCUGGCGGGGCUGUCAGCGGCGCUGCUGCAGGUGUUUGUGCGACAGGCGGUGGCUAACUUCCUCGACAACGACCUCUUCUGGGCUGCCAAGAAGUUCCUAGAGAACGCCAAGGGCUCGUUCGGCAUGACAACAGCAUGCACGGCAGACUGUGACCGCGUUGUUCUAGCAGCGCGCAACCAGCCUCUGGCCCUGGGCUUCGCCCCCCACGCCCGCACCGUGCUCUUCUCCUCCGAGUCCCACUCCCUCCUCACCCCGCUCUCACCCGCGCCUGCUCCUGCUGCUGCUGCAAGGGGAGCAGCGGGGGGCGGCAGCAGUGGGAGGAGGAUAGCAUACCGUGUGGAUUUGGAUGAAUCGGAAGGGGAGGUGAUGGAGGUGGUCAUGCGGGAAGGGGGGCAAGCGGGGACGCGUGCAGGAGGGCAGGGAAGUGCACAUGGCACGGGUGGUGGAAGCAGGGGAGGUGCUGUAGCUGCUAAUGGUGAGGUAGCGAAGGGGGGGUUGGGGGAGAACGGAUUGGCUGACAGGACUGGGAAUGGGGCCGGCGGGCAGGAGCAGGGGGGGCAGGGGGAGGGGGAGGAGGAGCAGGGGGGGUGUUUGGACCUCCCGGAGUUGGCGUUUGUGGGAGUGAAGCUGUACAGUAUCAAGCACAACAAGCCCGUCUCCACGGCGCAGUUCCGGCAGCGCAAGAGGCUCAUCCCAGUGACCAACAACCCCUUCCUCGCAGCAGACGACGAGGACACACCCACUGACGACCCGCAUGCUGCCUGGGGCCCUGCUGCCCUCUGCUCCGCAGCCCCGUCUCCCCCCCGUGACCUCGUGGAGGCAGACCUGCGGGCCAUACCACGUGUGCUGGAAGCCAUAAGAGCGGACUGGGAGGACCCGCGCUCGCUGAACCGGCGCACAGCAGCAGCGCUGGUGGCCAUGCUGCAGGCCAAGGCGGAGGCAGCGGUGGCAGCGGGGGAGGCGGCGGGGGGCAUGAGUCGCAAGGAGAUAGACGUGCUCGUCACGGGCGUCGAGACGUCGCUCUGGGUGGGCGAGCAGUUCGCUGCCGACCUGCAGAACUGUUUCCCACAGCUGCGAGUGGUGGCAGUGAGCGCCAACAAGGUGAUAGGCGUCAUGGGCAACGCGAGGGGCGCCAUCAGCACAGCAGGCUUCGCGCUCUCGCGCCUCGGCGCAGCACUCCCAACGCGCCAAGCCAUCGUGCUCGCGCUCAGCCAGUCAGGCCAAACCUUCCCCACGCUGCACGCCACACGCAUCCUUGCCAAGCACUGCCCUGGUCGAGUUUUCGUCUGCACCGGCAUGCUCGACUGUAAGAUGGCCACGGCUGUUGGGCUUUCCCUCGCUGCUGCCGCGUCUGCUGCGGGCGGCAGCGGCGACGGCGGCGCGUGGUGUGCGCGUGUGUUCCACACGCACGCGGGGUGGCGGUCUGCUGAGCCGGCAACGGUAUCAGCAGUGGCGUGCCAUGCGACGCUUACAGAGCUGCUGCUGCACGCGGCGAGGACUCUCAGGAGCAACGCGGAUUCCGCCAAGCUUGCUACGGAGCUCGGCGCACAGACUGCCACUGGCGUAGGCGGCGCAGGUGGGGGCACAGGCGGGGGCACAGGCGGGGUCACAGGGGGAGCAGCAGGGGGAGCAGCAGGGGGAGUCGCAGGCGGCGGGGGAGGUGUGGGAGGGGGGAGUGAUGCGGGGAGCCUGCGGCGGUGGGUGGAGCGGCCGCUGGGGCUGCGGUUGAGUGCGGGCGAUGUGGCGGACUUGGAGCGCAUGCGCGAUGCCGUGGUGAUGAAGGGCGCGCCUGACAUUGUCGGGUGGACGCCCCGAGGCCACCGCGUGCACUCCCCUGUUAACUCCGCUCUCCGGAUGCAGGGGCUCCUGUGGGCGCUGCACGUGCUGGAGACGCCCAUAGCAUGGGCCAUCAGCGCGCUCUACAUCUUCAUAGCUGUCGUCUUCGCCGUGCCCAUCUUCACCUCCAUCGCCAAGGCCAUCCCCACGCACAGCACCACAGCAGCGGACGCACUACUCUACACCGCCCGCGCACUCGACGCACUGCUCUUCUCCUUCCUCCCACUCAUCAUCGCCCUCCCCCUCCGCAUCCUCACCGGUCGCGACCUCCUAGCCCGUCUCGGCAAGCGCACAGUCGUCAUAGCCGACGUGCCCUGGGUGCACCAAUCCCUCGAAGUCUACGUGUCCAAGCUCUUUGCCCUCAGCUACUGGGUGGCUGGACUGGACGUGCAUGGGGCCAGUCCCAUAGACCACCUGGUGCAUAGGUUUACGCACAGAGUGUGUCGCGGCACGCUGCUCGCGUUUGGGAGGCCGGACGGGCGGCUGUGCUCGCAGUCGCGGUGUGAGAGCUGGGUGCUCAUGGCACUGCUGCAGGCGCGCACUAUUGUCAGCCUGGGCUGCGGCGCUGAAGUUAUUACCGUUGGCCACAACCCAUACCACGCGCGGUCGCUGGUGAAGCGGCACGUGGUGCUGCCGUCCAACCGCCCCAAGUUCCUGUGCGAGAAGCUGCUGGGCGUUGAUGACCUCGAACCCAUGAAGCGCAUGGCAACGAGGGAGCACGUGGUGUCCACAACAAGCGGCAAGAACCCCUUUGAGGCGCUCGACUCUCAGGUGGUGGGGCUGCAUUUGUGCGACGAGGGCACGGUGCAACGAGCCAGAAAGCUCGGGCUGUCCAUGCUAGCGCACGGCAUGAGGGACAUCAGCACAGCAGACGCGGAGGACCCAGGGAACCGCGAGGCGAUUCUGAGCGCGCUGGGGGGGGACGUGAACAGCCUGCUGCACUCGCAGGCGCCCAUCGAGGACAUCUGUGAAAACCGCUUCCUCUCCCUCGAACGCCUCAUCGCCUUCCACGUGCUCUUUCACCGCAUGGCAUCAGUAGUGGCGUCUCUACCCCCCCUGCGCUUCAACAUCGCUCAGUCGCAGUCGCGCCUGCGCAUCGCCACCACCGCCGCGCCCAUCUCCGCAGCAGACCUCGAGAGGGAGUGGCUGGACAGCGUUGCAGACACCACCAGCUCUGGCGCUGGAGGUGCUGCUGCUGAGAGCCCACGGCUUGCCAUUGAAGAAGAUUCUGGUGCUGGUGCUGCUGGUGGUGGUGGUGUUGAGGGGUCGCAUGGCAGUGCAUCGGGGCGGGGAGCGCGCGUGAGCUUUGACGUGGGAGCAGAGCAAAGCGCAGACGCACGCAUGCGGCGGCUGAGCGUGGACGUCACUCCAGGCAGCUCCCUGCGUGGAGGCAUGGCGGGCGGGGUCACAUUCGGGCCCUGGCCUGCAGGUAUGGGCAGCAGCAGCACUGGUACUGCUAUGGCUCCGAGUGGUUCUGAGGGUAGUGAUGCAGAUCGCUUGGGGGUGUCUGUGUCCCCCAUGGGUUUGGCUAAGGUGGAAGAGGUAGGGUGGCAGUCGCCUAAGGAAGCAAAGCGGGGUGACGGUGAGGGGAAGGGCAAGGCAGGUGAGGCGGAGGAGGACGAGGGGGCGUUGCCAGCAGUGCGCAGGCCUGGGGGAGAGAGGAAGGUGAAGGGGGGAGGGGAGAUUCUUCGUCUGCUCAAGGAGAAGUGA